AUGGAUUCCUACCUAAAGUGGCGUCUGUACUACCAAAAUGGGUAUGAAUCAAAAGCGAAGGGAUAUCCAGAGGAAAUCAGAGCUGCAAUGAUUUACAAUCUACCUAUACAUAACACAACAAUUGCUUCUGCAUUACAAUUCAGGGAGGAGCCUUCCAAAAAUGUGCCCGACUUUGACACCAAACUCGCGUCUCUCGACAUCGAACUCGAAGAACUUCGAAGGCAAAAGAACAUGCUUGAAGAAGAGGCCCAACCGCAUCGUCGAAGGCUGAAUGCAUGUAAUGCCAUUCUAGCACCCAUUCGACGGGUUCCAUUCGAAAUUAUCCGUGAAAUCGCGCGCCUUACACUUCCUCGUCACCCAUCAGCAACAACAAAACGCAGCCCUCUUUCCUUAUGCCAUGUGUCAUCUGCAUGGCGCAGGGCUGCGCUGUCGCUUCCGGAGCUAUGGACGACACUCUACAUGGUGCUCGAGGAUACACUAUCCUGGGAACGGUACAUCAAACGGGUUGUGGAAUGGUUCGGGCGGGCACAAGGCAAACCCUGCUCUUUCUACCUCCAUUUCCGUUUCCCGGAUCAGCACAAACCCUGGGCGAAGCAGGCAUACAGCAUCUUCCUCUACAACAUCCGAUCGCUCAUGAUCCACGUUAGACAUCUAGGGAUCUCAUCCGACUGUCUGGGAACAGCUCUGCCUUGUUUCAAAGGAGCGGCGUGGCAACUCGAAGGCCUUCAAACUCUUACAUUCUACAACGAUACAGAUUCAUUUUUUGAGUGGGCCAUGGGCCUGGGAGAACCUAAUCCCAGCCUUGUCAUACAGCCCAUGGAUUUGUUCAGAACAGCAAAGAAUCUUUGCUCGGUGAUGAUGCAGAACGACUUCAUGCAGAUCAUUGGUGGACCUCUCUUCCUCCCUUGGGUCCAACUAACCAAUGUCAUCCUAGACGAGUGGCUAUCAACCCACUAUUGGAUGACCAUUAUGGAGACAUGCUUACAGCUGCGUGUAGGGCACUUCCACCUAGGCGAUAGACGGUACCCUGCAAACCCUCAUUCUAAGCGUGUUAUUUUGUGCCUCGAAGAGCUCUAUCUCGAAGUGAAUCACUAUUGCCCAUCAAUUCUCAAUUUCCUCAUUCUCUACGAGCUUCCCAGUUUGCGCAUUCUCAACUUGUGGCACGAAAUAGAUGACCCUGGUGCUAUUCCGGCCCCUCCGGUUGCGAGUGAGGUCUCUGCACUGAAGACUGUAGGAACGUUAUAUUUCCAAGAUGUUUGGCAGGAUGUUGCUCCAAUCUAUGUCCUCGAAAUGGUCACAGCGGCGACGAACUUACGCGGACUUGAACUCAUAAAUGUUGUCCCCGGUGAAACCUACCAGGCGUUAUUCAAGGCCAUGUCCUUCGAUAACCCCUCUCCAAUUCUGACAAAGCUCUCUUAUUUUCUUGUUGAGGCCACAGAUCAGAUUACAGAAUGGACAUCAUUCAUCGAGAUGAGCUCAACAUCGACAUCCAACACGAUUCCUACACCCGGCUUCGAAUUCCAGACCAAGAAACUGUGA